UAUUUAUGUUCCUGCUAACUUUUACCACACUCAGCAAAAGCUUUCUGGCAGGGCCAGCUUUUUCCUGCAGCCGCCGAAUCCGUCCGUUGCCAAGACACACGGAUGAGGUUGCUAUGGGCUCCCGGUUGCUGAGCAACCAGAUUCCACUCCGCCGGGGUUCCCUCUUCCAAGGUCAGACUUGGUAUGACAGCCACCGGUGGCGUCCACUGGGAGUGGAAGACCGUGGUGCGCAGUGACCUGCUGGCCCGUGGCUUCCACUCGUGCAACGUGGUGCAAGGGAAGCUCCUGGUCUUUGGAGGCCUGAAGUCUCAGGAGAGCCGCGAGCCGCCCCUCGGGGACGUGGUGGCCUUCGACCCGCUGCUCCAGACGGUCAGAACAGUCGCUCCCGAAUGUGGGUGCCACCGAAGCCACCAUGAGGCCGUGGUCCUGGCCAACCGCUUCCUGUGCGUGGUUGGGGGCUGGGACGGGUCCCGCAGAGUCUCGGACGUGUGCUGCUUUGACGCUGAGCAGGGGCAGUGGGACCGCUGGACCGCGGGGCCUUCCAACGAGGCCCCCGUGGGGCUGAGCAGCCACACCUGCACCAAGCUAACGGACCACGAGGCACGGGUGGUGGGCCGUGAAGGCGGGUUGCGGACACAGCGCCGCUAUGCCAGCAUUUUCACGCUGCGCGUCAACCCCAGCACCAAGACCUACUGGUACAAAGAAGAGGAAUCCCGCACCGCCUCACGGGCCGGCCAUUCCGCCAUGCUGGUGCGCGAGAGCAGCACAGGCGGGAAGAGCAGCGGCUACAAGCUUCUGGUGUUUGGAGGGCGCGACUCUGCUGACCUUGACGUGGCUGGACGGUGGGAGAAAGGGAAAGUCCACGUCGAUUCUGUCCACGCGCCCGGGCUGACGGAGCAUCUCUCCCGCUUAAUCAGCACCGCAAAGGGAUCCUGGCAGGCUCCCAAAGGCCUGAGGCACCAAUCCUGCACGGUCGUGGGGCCUUUUGCCGUCAUCUUUGGUGGGGAGACCUUAGCAACAGGCAGAGACACCAUUUGCAAUGACCUUUACAUCUAUGACACAAGGUCUUCACCAGCAAGCUGGUUCCAUUUCCCUUGUUCCAACCAGGCCCAGAAGAGAAUCGGCCACCGGACGUGCCUUUGGAAUGACAAGCUCUACUGUGUUGGGGGGUUUGGGGCGGAUGGCAAGACCCCCUGCCCAGAGAUCUGCAGCUUGGAGAUCACCGCAUGAAGUCCAGAAGCUCUUGCUGCUGAGGGACCCUUUCAGGGGACGCUGUUCUGGAGUCUGAAGAGUUCCUUUGUCUCCCGGGAAAGGUUGUCCUUUGUUUACGUGAAAUAAAAG